CUCGUCAGCGAAUACAAGCACCACGCGUACUUAUACUCCCGGUCGGGAGGCGCAUGUCAAGCAUAGAUGGACAAUCUCUUGUCCAAGUACGGGGUGGUCGCUGCAGAGUUGCACACCAAGAUCAGCUGGGAUGAUCUAAAGGCAGCAUGGCAUAAGCGGUUCCAAGUAGAGCCGCCGGAGAUCAAGGCAAUGGACAAGCUAAUGGUCUCCGAACAAGGCACGCUGUCGAGUACCGACUGGAUUGCCGAGUACCAACGCUUGACAUCCGUCCCAGACAUUCAAAUGGGUUUCAAAGCCAUCCGCCACUACUUUAUCUCAAGGUCGUGUCCGACAUUAAGCAAUGCCUUGACUCACGUCGAGGACACACUGACGACAACGGCGGAACUAUUUGACAAGACCGCGCAGAUUAGUGUCACGAACAAGGAGGCUAAGAACCUGCGUUCGUUUGCGGCAAGCCCGAGCAGAGAUCAACACCGACCGAAAGUGGCCGUGGUCGCGGCAGCAACGCCGUUUGACCAAACUAGCGAGGCCACGUCUGCCAAUGAAGGGGACAGACUCGCAGCCGCCCGGGAAGGUGGCCGCCCCGACAAAGGCCGAGGACGCGGCAAGGCGAAGAUAAACACCACAUCUAGCCCCGGGCCAGGCGCAGCAGCUCCAGCCCCAUGGUCCCAAUACGGGCCUCUUCCUUGCAUCGACGAUCUUCUUGAGCGAUUGGGCGGCGCCAAGUAUUUUUCUAAGUUGGAUUUGAAGUCGGGAUAUCAUAAAAUCUCGAUCCGGCCGAACGAUCGCUACAAAUCCGUGUUCAAGACACGGUACGGGCAUUUUGAGUGGGUGGUCAUGCCUUUUGGCCUCACCAACGCUCCGGCGACCUUUCAAGCGACAAUGACCAACGAGUUUCGUGCAAUGUUGGACCGGUUUGUGAUGGUCUACUUAGACGAUAUUCUCGUCUAUAGCCGAACAUUGGAGGAUCAUCUUGAACAUCUUCGACGAGUGUUGGAGACGCUCCGCCGUGCCAAGUACAAGGCCAACCACGACAAGUGCGAAUUUGUCUGGCAAGAGCUGGAAUACUUGGGCCAUUUUGUCACACUGGAGGACAUCAGUCCGCUAUCGGACAAGAUUCAAGCCAUCCAAGAGUGGCUGGAGCCACGGAACGUCACGGAUGUCCGCUCGUUCCUUGGCCUUGCCGGCUACUACCAGCGUUUCAUCAAGGGCUACUUGAAGAUCGCGGCCCACUUGACCAAGCUUCAAUGCGAGGAUCAACCGUUUGACUUCGGAGAGGAGGCGCGGGAAUCAUUUUUGGCUCUCAAAGCCACGCUAUUAUCUGCGGAGGUGUUGCGCAUAUACGACCCGCUUUUGCCCACGCGCGUCACUACGGAUGUGUUCGGCUAUGGCAGUGGUGCCGUCCUCGAGCAACACGAUGGCGUGGACUGACACCCGGUCGAGUAUUUCAGUAAGAAAGUGCCUGUCGU